AUGGAAGAUUCUAGGAACAAUAUCAUGUUCAGAAAGCAAAAACCUUACAAUGGAAGAAAUGAUACUUCAUUAGAUACUGAAUUUCAGGCAGAGCAAGCUAGAUUAGAGCAAGCAAAAGCUAAAAGACAGCAAAUAGCAGAGAGCCGACGUGUUGCUCUAUUUGGAAGCACUGAAGAGAAAUCUAGCUAUAAACAAAGGAUUAACCAAGACGCGCAACUUCAGCUGAUAAUGAGAGAGCAGCAAUUAAUCUUAAUUAAUCUAUGCAAGUUUAAUAUCCACUACCAGGUUGAUAACCACAGGUGCCUUCAGCUUUGCUCGAAUUUCGCUCUAUUUUCCUCGGGCCUGACAAAGGUAUGGCUACCUCCGACUUUGAUCACCAAAAGAGGACGCUAAACUUGAAGUUUGGUUUCAACAACUAUUCUUUGAGCUCAGUCACUUAAUUAGGUCCGAUCGGCACCCUAAAGUCCCCAGUUCGCCGCUGGGGUAAUUGGUACUCUACUGGAAAAUUCCAUUACUUAAGGCUGGAGCUGGUAGGAAAAACCUCAGCUCUUGCUUCCUGGGAUAAUUUCAUUAGGGAAACCAAAUUUUAUACAUAAAAUAUGCUAAGUUAAUUUUUGGGUCGGACCAAAAAAUUCUAGCAAUGCCAUAUUUUAGUUAUGACACAGCAGUAAUUAAAGGAACAAAGAGAAAGAGAAGAAAGGGAGCAUGCAAGACUAGAAGAACAUAGAAGAAUGAUGGAAGAUCUAGAAAGGCAAAGAGAAGCCCAAAGAAGAGCUAAACUAAUCCAGAUGCAGAAUGAAAACCGCUUGGCAGCUAUGGCAAGAAACACUGAUUUGCUCCACAAGAAAGUUUCUGAAGACAGAAGAGACAGGGAGAUGAUACAAGAAAAUAUUAUGAAUUACCAACCGAAUGUUUUUUAA